CUACCCGAAUAAGCUCCAGGGCUCCCGAGGCCCAAACCGCACCAGUUGGCUCUGAAAUCGAGGGCAUCAAGCCGCAAUGAUGGUCCUCUUGCCAGCUGUUGCCAGGAUUCGGAUUAUGGUCCGGAGGGUGCGUCAACGGCGUGUCCGCGUGUGCCGGCGUGAUGAGGCGUGUCAAAGAAAUGUGCCCGAUAGACAUGUGAACACAUACACAAACAUAUAGGCGUAGUAACAAUAGCCUUGGCGCUACUCUUUGCCCCUGUCCGCAAGGACAAAUGUGGCACUUGCUCCGAAGACUGCAUAGAUAGCGUUACUGAAAUGAAAACAGAAGCUAGGAACAUGGAGCUACCACCAGAGGCCCUUGGAGCCUCAAACACGGCUCGGGAGCUGGAGCGCAUCCGGCAGAAGAGGCGUCUGCUUCACGUCCAAGCGCGGGCGCAGGCAGCUGCAGCGGCGAGUGGAAGUGCACAUGCCGAGACACAGGCGAGCGCGAGCCCAACACCGGCAGAUGUGAACCCAGGCCAUCGCAAUGCACGCAUCAAGGCACAGGCACGAAAGCUGCUUGACCAGCUGCAAACCGAGGACGGCAGUUUGGCGGACGCGUCGCACAGCAUGAAGCUCAUGUUUGCGAAGCAGGCACUGCACGCGCUCGCGGAGCGGCAAGCGGCAGCGGCUGCGGAGGCCGAGCAGAAGAAGAUGGAGGCGUUGCUGGCGGCCGAGCAGCAGCGCCUGCAGCAGCACCUCAGCGCACAAGCGCAGAGACAGCAGCAGCAACAACAACAACAGCAGCAGCAUGCGCAGGUGCAGGCUCAGCAGCAGCUGCGGGGUGAAGGGGAGGGGCAGGAGCGGGGGCGGCGGAGCCGGUCGGAGAGCCGGCGGCGCUCCCCCUCGGGCGGACGCUACUCUUCAGAGGAGGCGGACAGCUACUCAGAUGACGACCGCCGCGGCGGCAGCGGCUCCUACCACUCCGCCAGUGACGCCGUGCACGAGCGCGACACGCGGCGGGGGCGUGGCUCCUCCUCCCGCCACCGCGACCCACCCGGCCCCUCCCACCACGCCCGCCACCACCAACACAACCACCCGCACCGGCACUACCACCAGCCCCAGUACGCGCAGCCGCACGGCGGCAUCUACAGGCGCUACGGGGCCGCCGCUGCAGCGGUGGGAGGCGGCGAUACGGCGCUGCCGCGUGGCGCGGUCACGGCGGAGGCCCUAUCGGCGCUGCUGGCAGCCAUGCAGUCCCACGGGCUCGACCUCACCACCAGCCCGCCGCCUCCUUCACAGCCGCCCCCGCCGGCCCCGGCCCCAAAGGCGGUGGUCGCCUCUGUGCAAACGGAGCCGGCGGCUGAGGAAGAGGAGGGCACGGCCGCCGGGUCCGGGGCGGCGCGGCGGCGCGGCAAGGCGGGGGCUGCGGGAGCCGCCAGAGACCGCGACCUUUCGGCGUCCGGCAGGAGGGGAGCGGGCAGCAGGGCCGUUGCAGAUGAGGAUGGAGACGAGGAGGGCGAGGUUGCAGCACCUGCCUCGCAACCGCAGCAGCAGCAGCAGCAAUACGUGCUACUGCCGGACGGGACGGUGGGGCUGCUGAACUCCAUCGUCAAGCCGGCGGUGCUACAGCCCAAGCCGCAGCAGCCAGCCAUGGCGAUGAUGCCGCCGGGCGGUGUGCCGCUGGGGCCCUACGGCGCUGCUUACCCGCACCCCGCCUACCACCCCGGCGCUCCUGAGCUCGGGUCCGGCCGGCCACCGCUGCCGCACGGCUCUCCCUACCUGUCACCCGGGGGCCACCCGCACCCACACCUCCCGUACGCGGGAUCGCCGUACUUCCCGUACGGCGCCUCGCCGUACGGCGUUCACCACACGCCACACAGCGGCGGCCCGCCCGCCUCGCCCUCGCCGGCGCCGCCGCACCCGUACGGCGCCCACGUGGCCGGCAUGUACCCCUCCUCCCCCACUGUGUCCGUCUCUACCGCGGCCGCAGUCGGCGGCGGCGGCGGCGGCGGCACCGGCUCGGCAGCCGCCGGCGGCAACACUGGCCACUCGCCCAUGCCGCCGCCUCCGUACCCGUCACCGUACCCGCCGCCGCACUCGCCGUACUUUGACCCGUACGGCUACCACCACCACCCCGCCUACCCGCCUGCGCCGCCGCCGCCAUCUCCCUACCACCCUUACCACCCAUACGACCCGUACGCAUCGCCUUGCGGCGCGCCGCCGCCGCCGCCGCCCUACUACCGCACGGGCUCUGCUGGCAGCAGACCGCCGAACCAGGGCUCCGGCUCAGGGGCGGCUGCAGAGCACGGCGGCUCCGGUUACGGUGGUGGUACAGGUGGUGGCGGCACCGGCGGCGGCAGUGGCGGGGGUGGUGGUGGUGGUGGCGGUGGUGGUGCCGGUCCCAACGACGCGGGCCAGGGAAACGCGCAGGGUGGUAGCGGCGGCGGGGGCGGCCGCUACCACCACAGCCGCAGCCCCAGCAGCGCCUCGCUGCAGCGCGCCGGCAGCAACAACAGCGGCGGCGGGCCGCUUGGAGCAGGCGGCGGCGGCGGCGGCAACGGAGGCGGGCCCGAGGGUGGAGGCGGCGGGGGCCGGGGCUCGGGCACGCCGUCUCUGAGCCAGGGGUAUCACUCGGAGGCGACACUGGGAAACAUGGCGUCGCCGCGCGAGAGCCUGCAGGGCCUGGACUCGCCCGCCUCCUUCCGCGACCUGGCCCGCGGCGCCUCCGCCUCCUCCAUGGCCAUGUCCCCCCUGGGCUCCGCCUCGGGCCGCUUCAACGGCUCGUACGCAGACUCCCCCACCGCCUCCAUCACCUCCGUCCGCGUGCCGCCCGCCGCCUCCGGCCCCAGCAACUCCGGCCCUGGGCCCGGCCGCUCCACCUUCCCUAGCGCCUCGGCGCCCGAGCCGCACCUGCGGGCUGCUGCGGCGGCGGCGGCGGGCGCGGGCGCGACGGCGGAGGCGUCAGAGGGGUCGAUUAGCUCGGAGGAGGGGUCGUUGCAGCUGCUGAGGGCGGCGCAAUCGCCGGUGGUUGGCUCCGGGGGCCGGCGGCGGCAUGACGGUGAUGCUGGCGGUGGUGCUGGCGGCGGUGGUGGUGGUGCUGGUGGCCAGGAGCAGCCUGACACGCCCUCCAGUCGCAAGCCCAGCAUUGUCAUCCCGCCCAGCAGCUACCAGGUGCCCCGCUCCGGUCCCCUAGGCGAGGCGGCAGCCAAGCUGCUCUCCCCCAAUUCUACCCUGUACGGCGGCGGCCCGCCAGUCACCACCUCUAGCCUCGUGGGGCGGUCCUCCCCCUCCCCAGCAACCACCGACACCGCCCCCGCCCCAUUCGGCGCCGGCGCCGUCACUGGCAGCACUUUCACGUCUGCCGUACCAACCUCCGGAACAACCGCCAGCAUCGUGUACGGAAGCAGCAUGACCAGCGCCCUGUACGGCACCGGCGGCGCCAUCUCGGCGCCUGGAUCCGGAGCCAGCAUGGGCCCAGGCCCGUCUGCCUUUGGCGGCGGCGGCAGUGGCGUGGGAUCGGCUCCGAUUACGGUGGGGAUGGGGUCGGGGACACUGGCAAUGGGGCUUCCGCGCACGGACAGUAUCAGUAGCAUGGGCAGUGGCGGCGCCUCGGGAGGCUACGCUGUUGGCGGCGGCGGCGGCGGAGGCGGCAGUGGAGGUGCGGCGCUGGCGCUGACGUCGGCGAUCCUGGAUGCGCCGGCGGGGCGGUCAGUUUCCAUGUCUGCAACCACGGCCGGGUACGGCGCGGCGUCCGUACAGGGUCUGAACCAGCUGGGCCUGGGCGGAGAGCUCAGCUCGACCGGCUCCGCGCCGCCGCCAGGCACUGGCGCCGGCCUGGGCGGCGGCGCCGGAGGCGGCGGCAGCUUCCGCUCCUCCGGCUUGGGCCCGAGCUUCAGCAGCCUGGGCGGCAGCGUGAGCGCCAGCGGCGGCGCGCCGCAGGGCUACCCCAGCCUCGGCAGCGCCUCCAGCGUCGGCUCCGCCAGCACCGGCGGCGGCGGCGGCGGCGGUACCGGCGGAGGCGGCGGUGGUACCGGCGGCGGUGGCGGCGCCGUUGCCGCCGGCUUUGGCUCCGUGGUGGGCAGCGGCAGCGUGACGGUGGGCGGCGGCGGCGGCGGCAGUGGCAGCUACGGCGGCGCGCCCAGCACUCGCUCCGGGCCGUCUGUGUCUCAGAGCGGCGGCAUUGGGCCGAGCCGGCUGAGCCACAUGUCCAAUGCCGAGGACGGGUACUCGCCGCGCACCCGCUCCAGGGUGCAGCUCAUGGGCAACGACGACCUACACGAGAUCCUGUCGCCGCGCUCCACCACCGGCUCGGGUCAGAACCUGCCCAGCCUCGCAGCCAUAGCCGCGCUGCCCUCUGCCGGCGGUGCCACCAGCAGCGGCGGCAAUGGCGGCGGAGGCGCGCUGGGCAACCCAGUUCCGGAGCUGGUGUUGCCACCGCACAUGGCGUCGGCAUCAGCGUCGGGCGGCCUGCAGGCGGCGGCACAAACGGUUUCCUCGCCCGGCGCGCUGGGCGGCCAUGGCACCGCCGCCGGGCCGGAGCUGGCGCAGCGGGACAGCGGCGCGGCGCCAGUGGGCGCACUAGCUGGCAUGGCAGGUGAUGCGCUGGCGGCGGCGCUGUCGCCUCAUAGCAGCCGCGCCGGCGGCGGCGGCGGCGCUGGCGGCGGCGGCGGCGGCGGGCUGCUCAGUCCAACCAGCCCUGGAGGCGAGGAGUUCAGCCUGAACGUACGUGACGCCGCCGCUGAAGCCCUGCGCUCGCCUUCGCCGGGCGCCGUGGCGGCCGCCGCUGCCGCAGGCGGCGGCGGCGGUGUUAGCGGCGCGCUCUUCAGCCCCGGCGGAGGCGCCGCCAGCAGCCCUGGCGACACCGCGCUUGCGCGCAUCGGCAGCGCCGGUACCACCGCCACGGUGCCGUCGGAGGCCGGCGCCUCGCCCUCCUCCUUCGGCGGCGGCGGCGGCCCUGGCGGCUACAGCAGCACUACUGUUUCGCCGUCGGGCGCAGCCGUUCUGAUGGCGGCGGCGAUGGGUCACAGCAGCACGCUCGAGUCCAGCUACGGCGACUCGUUCGUACGCAUCGGCAGCAUGCCGCAUGGAGUGGGCGCAGGCAUGUCCGUUUCCGGCCCCAACAUGACGGGCAUGGGCUCAGGCAUGGGCUCUGGCAUGGGCUCGGGUCUGGGCAUUCUUGGCCUGGGCUCGGGCGGGUUCAGCGGCAUGGGCGGUGCCGGCGGUGGCGGCGGUGGCAUGGGCAUGGGCGGCAUGGUCGUUCCGGGGCCUAUCGGUGUGGGCGGUCCGGGGUCGGCCGGUAUGGGCGCCAGCCCCUUUGCUGGUGCUGGCGUUGGCGCCGGCGCCUUUGCUGGCGCCGGCGCUGGAGGACACCCGGCGGCACAAGCGCAGCAGUACCCCACAGGCGGCUUGCACGGACCCGUGGAUCCACUGGCGUCGCCGCCAAAGUCGCCGGCGUCUGCGGCGCGCUCGCCCAAGGGAGGUGGCGGCGGUAGCAGCGGCGGCGGCGCGUUCGGCGGCGGCCCCAGCGGCGCCACCAGCAGCGCCCCGUCAAUGUCAGGACCGUCGUCCACCUCGGGUCGGGUGGGUCCGGGUGCUGGCGGCGGCGGCGGCGGUGGUGGUGGUGGUGGCGGCGCCGCCGCGCCGCUGAUGCAGGCCGGCGCGCUGGCGCUGCGCAUGGGCGGCGGUAGCAGCUCCGGCAAGGCUCCCGGCAGCGGCGGCGGCGGUGCGGGUGACGGCAGCGGCUAUGGCAGUGAGGUGCCGUCGCCUCUGGGCAAGGCCGCCAGCACCCGCAGCGCCGCCAGCAGUAGCUCCUUCGCCAGCACGGUUGGGCCGGGCAUGGGCCUGGGCGGCGGCGGCAUAGGCAUGGGCACUGGUGCGGGUGCGGGUGCGAGUGGCGGCGUCAAGAUGGUGGGCAACAGCAAGAGCGCGCGCUUCCCCUCCGCGGCGGGUGCGCCGUUGGCGCCGCUGCCGUCGGCGAAGCGCAGCAGCGCCACCGGCGGCGCCGGCGGCGCGGCGGCGGGCGUGCGCGCGGCGCUGAUUGCCAACAAGGCGCUCAACCGUGGCGGAGAGUUUGACUCGGAUGACGAUGACGAGGAGGGCGGCGACGGCCUCGGCGCUACCGGCUUCGGAAGCAGCCUGUCGGGUCUGGGGCUUGGCGGCGGCGGCGGUACCGGCCCCAGCACCGGCGGCGGCUAUGGGCGGGUGUCGGGGGGGAGUUUGUUGGGUAUGGGGGGUGCGGGCGGCGCCAGUGGCGUGCUGACGGGCGGGCCGUCGCGCUCCAGCGUGGGCGGCACGGGGCUGGGCAGCCUUACUGGCUCGGCGCGUGCGUCGCCGCCGGCGGUCAGCGCACAGGCCAGCCGUACAUCUUUGGCGAUCGGCAACGCCGCGGAUGACGAUGAGUUCAACUUUUAAGGGCUAAGGGACUGGCGAUACUGCUCUGACUUUGGUGAUGUUGUGGACGGCUGCGCUGCCGUAUGCUGCGUGAAGCUCUGGGAGAAGGCAGUCGGCAAAAGAGACGGGCUAUAGCACGGCGUCGGGCGUGGUGGUUUGGUGAGGGAUGCACGUAUUGCAUGGCGAUUAUACGGAGACACAACCAUGGAAAAGAAACUGCGGUAAGGCGAACUGUGUCUGUCGGGGUGGGGGGGGAUGAGUGAGGUCUGAGCGGCUGGCUGUCGCGGUGGCCCCGUCGGCGGAGGCGUGGCCUUAGUAGGCCGAGUCCUUUUCAGUUUGUAAAGUUCUUCAUCU